AUGUCCACGUACACAUUCUCACAGAAGAUACUUACACCCAUACCUCCGGAGAAAGGUAGUUUUCCACUCGAUCAUGAGGGUGUCUGCAAGAAGCUUAUGAUCAAAUAUAUGCGUUGUUUGAUCGACAAUAAAAACGAAAACACAAUGUGUCGAAAUGUUAUAAAGGAUUAUCUUGGUUGUCGGAUGGAUAAUGAGCUUAUGGUGCGAGAGGAUUGGUCUAAUCUCGGUUUUUCUGAUGAGGCCAAGGAGACAUAACAGCAGCGAUUUAUUACUAAUCGAUUGUCGCGACAUUGUAGAUCACCGCUCUUAUCACUUAACUGCAACAUAUAACUUACGUAUGUACAUCAGAAAUUAUAAAUAAUAUAUAUAUAAGUAUUUAUGCAUUUGUUGAAAUGAUUUGUGAACGACGAUGAUUCGACAUUAUCAAUAGAGAAUUUUGUCUGAUAUGCAGCGAAAUUAAAGUGAUUGCAGUGCAGUGAAGAGACUUGGAAGCAAAUUAUUAAAUAUUCAAAAUAAACUGUUAGAAAUAAUAAUACAUUUAAUAUAGAGAGUAAUACAUUUAAGAGAAAGAGAAAUUAUUGUUGAUCUCAUACGAUAUUGAUCUCUUUUAAUUAGAGUUUUCAGUUAAUCAAUGUAAUUUAGACAUUUUGCAUCAGAAGGCCUAAUAUAUAGGGAUAUAUCUUUCAAUAUUGUUGUAAUUUCACAUUGUCUGUUGAUAUAACCGAUAGAACAGAACUAAAUAACACGUUAGACAAAGAAGCAAA